CUUUUGGUGCUCAGAUGGCUUCAAUGCAGACACAGUUUUCUACUGUUUUUGCCGAUUCCUAUGCCAAGGUAUUUUAGUUUUUCAAUAGUUGUUUUUCGGUUUUUUUUAAGUUGUUUUAUACUAAUUUAAUAUGUCAUUUCAAUAUAGGAAAAAGGCAGUGACUCUUCCAAUUUUUGAUUUAAAUGAAUCUGAAGAAACUGAUGAAAAUGAAGAAGAGAAUGUUAUGGGUGAUGACGAAGGGGAGGGUAGUGAAGGUGAAGAGAAGGAUGAUCAACCCGAUGAAGAUUCUGACUCAAAAGAAAAAAAUGAUAAUGGCAGUGAUGAUGAUGCCACUGAUAGUGAGGAGAAGAAUUUCGUUGAUUUCAAUGACGGCCCUACUCAAAUAGAUGUUGAGGCUACUGUUCAGUCCGGGGUAAAAGCAGUUGAGCUUAUGAUGUCUUCAGAUGGAAUUGGUGGUGAUCCUUGUAAACAGAUUUCAGUUUCUGAAAAUGUUGAGGUUACGGAUCGUCGUCUUGUUUGUUUUGAGAUGGGUGCAACAGGUCUCAAUGUUGAUUCUAACAUUGAACUUGAAGAUGACCCAAUUCCCGUUGAAGAAACUCCUCUUGUUGACAAGAGGAAAUCUAAGAAACCCAUAGCGCUGACGUCUCCGUUUAUGGAGUAUGACUCUUCCAUUUCUAGUUCUAAAGAUGGUUACGGUUAUGGAGUUGUUAAGUAUGUGGCUGGGUUGUGUCCUCUCGAUGAUAAGAUUGGUGAAGAUGUAGAACAUAAAGACGAGAUUGAUUUUGACUUGUGGCUUGGUGAAGGACGCCGAUCGAAGAAAGAUCCGCAUGAUAAGGAGAAGGUUUACUUGAAGGGUAAGGAUAAGAUUGUUCCCCCUUUUCGUUUUGGCGUGGAAGAUGUUGCAACCAAGAUGUGGUUCCACAAGCUUGCAUAUCCUGGCCAAUGUUUGACUAAUUACGUAAGUUAAUUUAUUUUUUCUUUUGAUUUUUUUCAAAAAUUUCAGUCUAUAGUUUUAUUCAUGUUGUUUGUUGGUUGUUUUUAAGUUGUUGAAAUAUAAUUCAUUUUCUGAUUUUCCAACAUUUAUCAUUUUUUAUUGUUCAGCAUCUGGACAUCAUUUUUUACUAUCUACGUAAAAAAGGAAAGUAUGCAAAGGAGCCAAAGGUUAAGUUCACAACCACCGAUUGCUUAUUCUUCAAAACCAUUCAUGCUUUGUAUGAAAAAUUUA